UGUGUUAUGCAUUUAAAUUGUAAUCUCUUUUGUUAAAGAGCGUAUGGCUUAGUUCUAAGACAACAAAGGAAACAUGGGUAGUAAAAAGCACAAAAAACACAAAUCUGACAAUAGACCAGCAAUUGAAGAAGAAGAAACUGGACAAGAAAAGCCUUUACGCCUGAAACUUAAUUUGAAAGUUGGCAUUGGCUCAAGUCAGGAAUCUCUUCCAGAUGUAAUUGCUUUACCACUUCAAACAGAAGACAGAAAGCACAAACACAAAAAGAAAAAAAAGAAAAAGUCUAGUGAGAAAGACAGAGACCAAUACAAAUAUAAUCAUGAAGAGUCACAGGUGCAAGUUAAACGACCUCUUGAUGAUGAGGAUGAGAGUGGUGAUGAGGAAGAGGACGCCAGUAUGUCUGAACACAUGCAGAGAGAUCAGGACAAUUUUAAUAAGACAGGAAGUGAGGAUGAUUCUGAAGGAAAUGUUUCUCCUAGCAGAAAACUGAGAGAGCCUCGGUCCUGUACUCUAAGAGACAGUGAUGGUGUGAUACUCAAGCAGAUGCUGAACCACUUAAUGAAAAUUCUACAAAACAAGGAUGUGAAUGGUUUCUUUGCCUUUCCGGUAACUGAUAGCAUUGCACCUGGUUACUCCAGUAUCAUUCAUCAACCGAUGGACUUCAGUACAAUGGCCUCCAAAAUUGAGUCCAAUGAAUAUUCAAAUGUCAUGGAGUUCAAAAAAGAUUUUAUCUUGAUGUGCAAUAAUGCUAUGACCUACAACCGACCAGAUACCAUUUAUUAUAAAGAAGCCAAACGUUUAUUGCAUAUUGGAAUCAGGCAGCUCAGUAAGGAAAAAUUAUUGCAUUUAAAAAAGACUCAAAGUUUCUUGGCAAGUAUCACAUUAAAAGAGUUAGGAUUUGAUGAAAGUGGUCAUGUCAUGGAAUCUCCAGUACAACAAAUCAGCAUAGACAACAAAGAACUGGUCAAAGAAGAACCCAAGCCAGAUCUAGAAAUGAACAAGUAUGAUUCUAUAGCUGAUGAUGAUUUGUCACCUGAAGAGAUUUUGAAACAGGCUCAAGAUGCAGCAAAGAAAGCCAAAGACCUUUUAACAACUCGGAAACCCAAAACAGAUCUUGGUUUUCUUAGACUUGAUGAAGAUGGCACCACAUCUAUGACAAUACUUAACCCUUGGAAUGAAGGAAUGGUUUCCUCUACUCAGAAAGUCAUUAGUCUUGGGGAUUACAUGGGGAAAUUGAAAAGUGGUUCCGGGUCUUUAUUUAAUUUUAAAGAAGACAAAAGAAACAUUGUUUGUCCAGAAACCUACUUGUGUUAUGGACCAUUUAGCUCCCACGCUCCAGCAUAUGAUUCAUCCUUUGCCUCAUGUAAUAAGGAAGAGUCUGAUCUACUCCUUAGUACCUAUGGUGGUGACAUUGGAGUUCAGUAUGCUAAAAGUGUUCAGAAAUUUGUAGAAAAUGCUGGCAUCAGUGCUAUAGAAAUGGUGGAUAAACUAUUGGAUACACUGACUAAUGGACAACAUUCUAAAUCUUGCAUCUUGUUAGAACAGCAGAAAAGAAGAGAAGAAGAAGAGGCUGAGAAAGCAUUACAGGAUGAAAUGAUAAUGAAAGCUCAAAAGGCAGCAGAAGAAGCAGAGCAGACAUCAGUGAAAGAUCCAGUUCAACAUAAACUGAAUGAAACAGCUGCAAUGUUGUCAGAACUCUCUCAAACUCAAAAUGAAAGACUGAGCCAGGACCCUCCACCUCAUUUGUCCUUAAUUUCACCGCCUUCUGACAAGGAAGCAGAUUUAGCUGAUAAAGUCACAAGUAACUUGAUGACUAUGACCAAACAUGUACAGCCUAGUGAUGUAGUCAGUACCAAGGCUGUACGUGGAGCUAUGGGCAUUACUACAUACCCUGUCACCAGAAGUAACCUGAAUGCAGUCAGCAGUAAUGAGGAGGAUGACUCAGAGGAAGAUGAUGAAAGUGCUGAUGAUGAGAGUAUGAAUGAAGAUUAUUCUGAAGAUGAAAGAGAAGAGAAACAAGUUCAUGGUGCCCAGGCAGAACAAACUAGCUUUGACAUUGACUCAACAUAGACAAUUGUAUUGUUCUUAUGUCCCCAUUGUUUGUACGGAUCAGAUUUGUUGUUGCUACCAAUGAUGUUCUGUCCAGGUGUGAGCAGCUAUUAUAUUUAAUACUAAGAAAUACAAACCCACAAAAUUGAUCAUGUUAUAUUUCCCCACAACACCUUUGUUUUUGUAACAGCAUGGGAUGAUCCACUUAUUGUAUUUAAAUAAGUUUCAUUUCAAAAUAAAACUAAAAUGUUUUACUUGACUUUUAUGACAUUGCCAAUAAAUAAUUCUGAUCCA